AUGACCAGUCCGAGCUUUAAUGUACAUCUUCUCCCACAUCGAGAAGAAGAAAACAGCUACGAUGAUCCAAUUAAUAGUUCCAACAACAAUGACUUUAGGAAUGUCGAGUAUUCUACAUAUGAUAAUACUCAAAGCAGUUUCCUUGAAAGGAAAAUAUGGGUACAGAGUGAUUAUCAACAAUUACCAAUGGAAGGUAUUUCAAGACAAUCUACUGGACAAUCAUGGUUUCAAGGGCACCCAUCACAACAACCACAACAACCUCAAUUAUUUCAGCCUCAAACACAACCACAACAACAGUUACCAAGACCAAUAUAUAAUAACACAGUAAUACCGUUAAGUGACUCACAACAACAACAACAACAACAAGACGAUCUCAUUCAACAGAGCCAAUUCUAUAACUUAAGACAAAAUCAAAUCCAGUCCGAAAGUGCUAUUUAUCUUCAAAAUAACAAUGGGAAUCUCGAAGAUAGAUCUAGUUCGCCGAAUAUUAAUAACAAUAUCAGUAGUAGUGGUAGUAAUAAUGGUAAUUUAGGGAUGUCAAUUCCAAGAUGGGCUCCACAAAAGUUAACGUCUUUGUAUCCGGCCCAAUCAAAUCAAACUUUCGAUCCUCAACAAUUCUCACAAUCAAAUUGCAAUCAUCCAGUACCUAACCAAUUUGCUUCUCAACUUGGAUAUUCAACUGAUAAUACUGUAAGUUACGCAAAUCCUUCUUCUACUUUACAACAAUCAGAAUCACUUCUGAGUAACUCUUUUCACAGUAAUAUACCUCCAACAAGAACGAUUUCACUACCGCAACAAAGUAAGUUCCGUUCGCUUUCAGAAACUGUAGAAUCACAGACGCUCCGAUCCACACCAGCAUAUCCGCCAGCACAACUAUUUAAAAAAUAUUAUGAAUCGAACGAUAAUCCUACAACAACUGCUGCUUCCGCUAGUGCUACUACAAACACAAGUACUACCACUAAUAAUACCAAUAAUAAUAAUCUUCAUGAACAGUUGCCUAUUCAAGAACAAGGGCAUGUAAAAGUAAAUAUAUCGCAACCUUUACAACAAUCACAACAAAAGCAAAAUCAGCAUCAAAAUCAAUCGUCAUGGGCGUCAUUUCCUAAUUCCACUACAAUUCGGCCAUGCCAAGAGAAUAUCGUGUUAUCAUCAUCAUCAUCAUCAUCAUCUGAUAGGUUUGCUCGGAGCACUGUAGAUAAUAUCAUAGCGACUACAAGUAAUAAUAAUAAUAAUAAUAAUAAUAAUAAUAAUAAUAAUAAUAGUAAUAAUAUUCCUGGAUAUGCGGGGAGUACUAGCGGCAGUGAUGAUGGAAGUCAUAAUAUAAAUCCAAGGCAACACCAUUUUCAAAACCCUCACCAUCAGCAUAUAUUAUCUACAACAUCACAACCACCACCACCAUGCCAAUCUCGAAUACAUAUUUCAGAGGAAGAGGGAACUUUCUUAAAUAUGGUACCAAUGAAUAAUUAUGGGAUACCGUUACCAUCUCCACUCACGACUUCACUUGAUACAAUAGGUAGUUCAGUUGGUUCAUCAUCAUUCCAUCCUAUGUCCUCAUCAUCGGGCGUAUCGGGUAAUAUAAACGACACUACUGCUAGUAAUAGUAAUAGUAGUAGUAAUAGUACUAGUACUAGUAUGAAUAAUAAUAAUAAUAGUAAUAAUAUCAUAAACAAUAAUGUCUUCCAAUGUAGUUAUUGUGUUAAAUCUUUCAAAAGGUUUUCAUGGUUAAAAAGACAUUUAUUGGCACAUUCACCAGAAAGACAUUAUUCAUGUCCUUGGUGUUUAAGUAAACAUAAAAGGAAGGAUAAUUUAUUACAACAUUUGAAAUUGAAACAUACAGAGAUGGUUUUACAACAAUUACGACUUGAAAAUAUUGAAAUUUCUACCAUUGAAGAAACUAUGGAAGAUAGACGAGUGGAUGUCCAUGAAAGAUCUAAAAGUGUUGAUACAGGUACUAGUGGUGUCAACGAUGAUAUUGAUAUUAAAAAUGUUAAGCAACCUGGUACGAAUAUUAAGACGUUGUUAUACGAUGGUAGGUUAAAUAAAGAAGAUGUGAAGAAAGUGUUAAAUAAAUUGCUUGAUGGAACUAAUUCUACUUUCAGUGAUUCUACAGACGGCGUUGUUGAUAAUGUAAGACCAAGGAGAGGUCAUUCAUAUUCUGUUGCUGAUUCAAGGUCUAGAAAGUCAAGGAACUGA